CAACGAAAGUAAUUUUUAAGGCGAUGGAGACAGAACGCACGAGAAUCCUUCAAUCAAGUGUACGGGCAGGAAAUUGAGGGUUGUGCAGUCCGAAUCGUGGAGCUUUUGCGCGAACGAUGAAUAAAUUGACGCGUUUCCGCGCCGUCUUCGCUCCAACACGUGUGUGGAUGAAUGGCGUACAUACCAUUCUAGCCGGCGGCACGAGUAAUGCGCAAUGACAGCAUGCUUCUCCUCCUAGGGUUGACAUGGGCGACAAUGCACAGCAAGCAUUUCAUCAACAACAUUACAAAUGCACGACCUGUCAAAUCUCGGUUUUGUUGCUAUUCACCGAGUGACUACCUACGCAAUCACUACUGCGUUGAAGGUAAUGACUCAGACGGAAGACUGAUAUCUGGAUCUCAAAUUGCGCACUCCUCGAACAUGACUCGGGGAUUGACGUUAAAUACAAUCCUCUCGAAAUACGAAGGGUAUCAAGCCAUGGACUCCAACAAUCGUCGCGGUUCUUGGCAAUGCGGGCCCUGCUCGCGACCAGUUCUAUUCAACGAAUUUUGUGACUGCAUAUGCAGAUCAUUGUGUCGACGAGCUGGCCAUAUCCCUGCUUUCCCCACGCUCAGUGUCGUCACUCCGUCUUGCUAUUCCUGAGUCAUGCAUGCAAGCAUACACAACACUCAAACCCAUCCCAACACCAGCAGAAGCUGCUGCAUAGAGG